AUGGCGAUGGAAGUGGAGAACAAUCAGAAUCAGCAAUUAGGGUUUCCCUUCUGGAAACCGCUCCGUCGCAAGUUCGGACCCGACACUCCUUUCUUCGCUCCCGGUAACCUCGAACGAGAGCUGCUUGCCAAACAGGUUGCUUUGGAAUUGACAGAAGAGAAGCAACAGCUCGAGAAAUGGAUGCAAGAGGAAGAUGGAAGGGAAAUAUUUUGUCCCAUUGUUGGUUGUGGUGCACGCUUGACUUCAAUGGAUGACUUCGAAAAUCACUAUAAUGCAAGGCAUACUGCAUCCUGCUCUGUGUGCUCCAGAGUCUACCCAACAUCUCGGUUGCUCAGCAUACAUGUAUCUGAAGUUCAUGAUUCUUUCUUUCAGGCAAAAGUUGCACGCGGUUACGAUAUGUAUGAAUGCUUGGUGGAAAGGUGUGGUUUGAAAUUCAAAAGCUACAAUAGUAGGCAUCAGCAUCUGGUUGACAAGCAUAAAUUCCCCACCUCAUUUGAGUUUUUCAAGAAGGCUAAACCUUCAAAGAAACAGAGAUUGAAGUCCCAACACAAACAAUCUGUCCCUAAGGACGAUGCUGCGGGAAUGAUGGAAGUGGAAAAUGCAGCCAUGGAUGACCUUGUUUCAGCAGUCUCUAAAUUGAGCACUUCUGACUCCACCCCUUCAUCUAUCAGUUUUGGUCGCCGCAGCAAAGGCUUGUCAUUCAUCCCUCGAACUGUUCAGCGUGGAGAUCGAUCAAACUCAGCAGCGUCUGUGACAAAGAGAUAA